AUGGCUUCUCCUGGUGGUAACAUUCUGCCUUUUGGCACUGACUUUCAACUGCAGCCUAUGCACUAUGCCGGCAUAGCUGUUGCUCUCCUCGGCGGAGCUUGCCUUUUCUCUCUCGGCAAGCCUACUGUCGAUGGUAAGGACGAGUCCUCUCCCGGAUUUCUCAAGUCCUUUUUCCUCUUCUUUUACUCGUCCUUUCUCAAGCCUCAUCAGGGUGGAUCUAAGGCUUCCCAGCAAGAUGCCCUCGAGAGCUUUUACAAGAGACAGGCCGGGGCUUACGACACCACUCGUGGCAUCCUUCUGCGCGGUCGCGAGGAUAUGCUCGCUCUGGUUGUCGCUCAGCUCAAGGCCAAGUUCCAAGCACCCAAGGAUGCUGGACAGGGUAAGACCGAAAAGAGAAUUUGGGUUGAUAUUGGCGGCGGCACUGGCUGGAACAUUGAAGCCAUGGGCGAGCACGUGAAUGUCCCCGAAUUCUUCUCCAGCGUCUACCUGGUCGACUUUUCCCCAUCUCUCUGCGAAGUCGCUCGCAAGCGCUUUGAGCGCCUCGGCUGGAAGAACGUCACUGUCGUUUGCCAGGAUGCGCGCAAGUUCCGCCUCGAAGACUACGAGGACGGCAUGCCCGCAGCCCAGAACCUGCUUCGCUCCCCUGCACUCAGCUACUUCAAGCAGCAGCGCCCUGACCAUGGCGGUGCCGACUUGGUCACUAUGUCCUACAGCCUGUCAAUGAUUCCCGACUACUACUCUGUCGUCGACUCCAUUGGGUCUCUGCUCUCUCCCUCAGGUGUUUUCGGUGUUGUCGAUUUCUACGUUCAGAACCAGUCCGACUUCUCCUUCCGAAACUACACUGCUGGGUACAUUGACCGCCACGUCAAUGCCCUGUCGCGUAUGUUCUGGCGCGCCUGGUUUGACCUUGACCGUGUCGCACUGGAGUCCGGACGCCGUGACUACCUCGAGUAUAAGUACGGCACCAUUCUCAACCUCAACGCCCGUAACCGCAGCCUCGGCUACAUUCCUUACUACGUUUGGGUUGGAUGCCAAAAGAAGCCUUUUUCCAAGACGGCCCUGCCUCACGAAAUUCUUGAGCGAAUUGACGCAUAUGCCACCGAGUCGCCAUACCUCUUUCCCGUCAACCAAGGUGAUGCCCUGACCCGCGCCAUCGAGAGAUCUGCCCCCGAAAUCCGCUCUAAGGCUUUUCUCACUGCCGUUCAAAACCUUUCGGCCAACCUGCCUCUGCCCGCGUUCUUCUACCAGAACCACCAUUGGCGUAUCUACUACGACGAUCAGCUGCAAAAGCACAAGCAGUUCAACGAUGAAUACAUCUAUGCCUUUACCUGGGAAGAUGCUCGCGUCGAUGAGCGCAUCCUGAAGCUUGGCCCAGAUGACAAGGUUCUUGCCAUUACCUCUGCUGGUGACAACAUCCUGUCUUACCUGGCCCAAGGCCCUGCUCGUGUUCACGCUGUCGAUCUCAACCCUACCCAGAACCAUCUCCUUGAGCUCAAGGCUGCUGCUUACACUGCGCUUCCCUAUGAAGACUUUUGGAAAAUUUUUGGUGAGGGCAAGCACUCUGAAUUCCGCACUCUUCUCAUCACCAAGCUUUCUCCCCACCUGUCUAGCCGCGCUUUCCAGUACUGGCUCAAGAACGUUCAAGUGUUUCAAAGCACCUACGGUCUUUACGACACUGGUGGCUCUCGUCAUGCCAUUCGUGCCAUGCGCUGGGUCUCUCGUCUCUUUGGAAUUAGAGGUGCUGUCAAGCAGAUUCUCGCCGCCAAGACUCUCAAUGAGCAGCGUGAGAUUUGGCGAAACAAGAUCCGUCCUGCCCUCCUGUCUAAGCUCGUGUCCAACCUCGUCGUUGCCCAGGAAAGCUUUCUCUGGACUGCACUUGGCGUUCCCAAGAACCAGCUUGCCAUGAUUGAAAACGAUCAUGCCCAGUCAGAUCUCGUCAAGGGCCCUAAGCCCAAGGCUAAGAACACCCGCUCCCAUGCCAUCUGGCACUACAUGGUCAACACGCUUGACCCGGUCGCUGAAGAGACUCACAUGGGUGCUGAUAACCCUUAUUACUAUGUCUGUCUCGCAGGCCAGUUCUCUCCCAAGUGUCACCUUCGCUACCUUGACCAAGAGGUUCACGCCAAGCUCUCGCGUCCCGGCGCGCUUGAUAGCCUUCGCAUCCACACAGAUGAGCUUGAGGAGGUGAUUGCUCGCAUCAUGCCUGGUACGCUCACCGUGGCAGUUGUGAUGGACAGCAUGGAUUGGUUCGACCCUGGCUCUGAGGCUGCCAACAAGCAGGUAACGAAGCUGAACCGCGCUCUCGCUAUUGGCGGUCGCGUCAUGCUGCGCUCUUCUGCCCUGGAGCCUUGGUACCUCAAGGUUUUUGAAGCCCAUGGCUUCGUUCCCAAGUGCCACGGUGGCCGCCGUGACGGUGCAUGCAUUGACCGCGUCAACAUGUAUGCCAGUUGCUGGAUCUGCACCAAGGUGGACCACCUUCGCCCUCCCACUCCCGAGCUGGAGCGCGUCAGCAGCCACGAGAUUACGAGUCUCGAGAUCUGA